GAUGACAAACGAUUUGAAUACUUUUAAGCCUAAAAACUUACGGUCCGGGUUUUUCUUUUCCCGACGCUACGUGAACAUGCCGGAAGGAGCGGUCUCCAUGGAAACCGAAAACUUUUUUUUUUUUUUUGCGUCGACGCUGUUUUUACAGAAACAUGAGUGGAGACGGCGACUACAGCAAAUACGACGUGGCAGGCCUGCAGGCAGCACUUCAGCAGGAGAGGCAGACUAAAGAAAUGCUGGAAGAGUCAGUGUCGGACCUGCGCAGUACCAUGUGCGACCUGCAGGACAGACUGCACAGCGUCGACGGGGAGGGAAACGAGUGGAAGACGAGGUUCGAGACUCAGACGGAGCUGAACGGCCAGUUGCAAAGACACGUGUCGCUCAUUCAGGACAGGCUGGAGGAGCUGCGAGGCGACCCGGCGGAUCGACUGGCCUCCAUCCGAGCCUACGACGACAUGGCGCUGGAGACGCUGAGGCAGCGAGUGAAGCUCCUGGCUGAGGAGAAGCGCGACCUGCAGGGUCAGCUGCUGGACUGUCACCGCCGGGUGGAGCAGGAGCGAAAGGCAUUUCAUAAAACCAAUGAUGAGAGGCGGGCGUUCCUGUCAGAAAUCGCCAUGCUGUCCUCCAGUGAAGCCCAAAGACGGCAGUUCUCCACUCGGCCACAGGGGGCGACAGAGAGCGAGCAGAGGAGCCCAGUGAGGCACAGCACCCACAGAGGGAAGGCGGCCAGCAGGAGGGUGGAGGCUGAGCUUUUCAAGGGAAAGGAGCGAGAAGAUGACGGAGGAGGAGUGAAUGUGAAAGGAAGAGGUGGUGAGAAGCGAGAAGAGAAGAAGGCUCAAAGAAGCAGGUCACUUACGUUAGAGCACUACCUGAAGCACACACCCUAACCCAAACCUGCUAAUGAAACCUUCUGCAUAGUCAUAUAUAGUCUAUGUAGUGUUCUCAUGUGGGACGGCUGAAGUCAUUUUAUAUUCAAAAUGUACUGACAUGUCCUUAGACUUCCUAAAGGCAGAUUAAAUACUUUUAAUAAUAAAACAUGUAAGAAGGAA